AUGGCAACUUCUUCGAUGUCCUUAUCCGGCACUACCGCUAGCAUUGCUGCAACUUCUUCGUCCAGGUCCGGUUUUUCCAGCAAGAAGUAUCCUGGGAAAGAUGCUCUUCUUCUUCAUGGUGGUUGUAAUGCAUGGGAUGGGGCUUCGAAGAGAUCAUUCCCCAUGGGAAGCAUCUGCUAUGCUGCUAAAAAGGGCAUUGGAGCAGCUGAAGUUGAAGCAUCAUUGGGAGAAAGGAGGAGAUCAAAGCCUAAGUCUUCUCAGAAGAAUGUUGUGUCUGUGGGAAUAUUCAAGUUCCCGAGCUCGCUCGUUCCCCAGUCCCUCCGAUCCCUAUUGAUCAAUCCUGAUGUCGAGGUGGAAGAACACAAAGAAGAGGAAGAUAUUGAUGCUGACAUUGAGGAUGCGGUAUAUAAAGCAAAUUGGGUUGAGAGGAUAUUGGAACUUCAAGCUCAGUGGAAGGAACAAAAACAGCUACAGAAGAACAACGAGGGUAGUUUUGGUGAUGAUGGGAAUGGAGUUGAGGAAGAGGAAGAUGGUUGUUGCGAAGUGGACUAUGAGGAUGAAGAAAUUGGUGGCUUUGAUUUUGAAGGAAAUAAUGAGGAGAUGGAUGGUGAGAGAUUCCCCAGGCUCUUAAGUCGUGUUUCAUGGUCAGACACCUGGCUUUUUGCGAAGCUGGCUUUCUUGAGCAACAUGGCUUAUGCCAUCCCAGAACUUAAGACCAAGGACCUCAGGAGAUAUUAUGGUUUGGAGCUUGUGACUUCUUCCCUAGACAGAAAAGCAGAAGCCGCAGCUAUCAAAAACAAACUGGAUCAAGAUUCCACCAGUUUGCCUACGGAGACAGCAGUUAAAUCAACUGCAGAACAAGAAAUGGAUCAGUCGGAGCAAAAAAAGCAUAAUCUACCUCGAUUAUCUGCCGCUUAUGAGAUAGCUGCUUCCGCUUCAUCUUAUGUCCAGUGUAAGGCCAAAGGCCUUUUGGCCUUUGCCUCUGAACCUAUAGAUGAUGAUGAUGAUGAUGCAUCCUCAGAAGCAAUAAUAGAAGGGCAAGGACAACGCCGAGUCGAAGCCAAAGAAGAAGGAACCCCUCCCCUUAAGUACAACUCAAGGAUGGCAGCCCGUGUAGCAGCAUCAACCAUGACAACAGUGGUUGCAGCAAAUGAGAUGCGAAAACAGGAAGCAGCAAGGGACCUUCAAUCACUUAAGAGUUCACCUUGUGAAUGGUUUAUUUGUGAUGAUCCAACCGUAUACACACGCUGCUUUAUCAUCCAGGGGUCAGACUCAUUGGCAUCAUGGCAGACCAAUCUCUUUUUUGAACCAACUAAAUUUGAGGUACACAUCAUUGGAAAAAACCAUAGGACACGGACUGGAAAAAAGGAAACCGAUGUGUUAGUUCAUAGGGGGAUAUAUGAAGCUGCAAAGGGAAUAUACGAACAAUUCAUCCCUGAAAUCUAUCUUCAUCUCGAAAGAUAUGGAAACCGAGCCAAGUUCCAAUUUGCAGGUCAUUCUCUUGGGGGCAGUCUGUCUUUGCUAAUCCAUUUGAUGCUAAUAGCAAGAGGGUUUUUAAAGCCCUCCACUCUUCUGCCAGUUGUCACUUUUGGAUCACCUUUCGUGUUUUGUGGUGGCCAAAGGGUUCUUCAAGAACUAGGUUUGAAUGAAGACCAUGUUCACUGUGUGAUGAUGCACCGAGAUAUCGUCCCCAGAGCAUUCUCCUGCAAUUAUCCAAACCGUGUAGCUCAACUCCUGAAACGCUUGAAUGGCACCUUUCAGUUGCAUCCUUGCCUGAAUAAGAAUCAUAUGUUGUACACACCAAUGGGUAAAAUCUUCAUCCUCCAGCCUGAUGAGAAAUUGUCUCCAGGUCAUCCAUUCCUUCCUCCAGGAAGCGGUAUAUACAGCCUAGAAAAUACCCAUUGCCGUCCCACCAUAGCAAGCGCUAUCAGGGCAUUCCUCAACAACCCACAUCCACUGGACACCCUUAGUGAUCUUACAGCUUAUGGUUCUGAGGGCACAAUUCUCAGGGACCAUGAUUCCAACAAUUAUUUGAAGGCAAUGAAUGAGGUGGUCAGGGAGCAUAAAAAGCACGUGUUCAACAAAGCAAGAGAAGAGAAUCUACCGUGGCCUCUGUUAACUUCUCAGUCUCCUCAUGCAUGGAGCCAUGACAGGACUUUGAAGGAAAUAAUGAGUUCCUAA